CGCUCGAGCGGUUAACAGCAGGAGAAGAAGACAUUUCGACAAAGCAUGAGAGCAAUCGCUCGAAAGUGUCAUCUGUUAUUGAAUCUGAUGUGAGUUUGUAGGGUGUCAAGCAGACGUUUUAAUGAAAGCGCACUGAAGCGAGCAAUGUCGGUGCAUUUUGAGGAGAAGAGCGGCGUGAUCCCGUGUAAAACAGCGUGGGGCUCGUGGUACCAGACCAUGGAAGAGGUUUUCAUCGAAGUCAAUGUUCCUCCUGGAACUUCAGCCAAAGAGAUCAAGUGUGAGCUCGCGAGCAAACACAUCGAUCUGCGCGUGAGAGAGCAGCAGGUCUUCAAGGGAAAGCUGUUUGGAUCGACGGUCAGCGAUGAAGCCACGUGGACGUUAGAGGAUAAAAAGUUGAUCCGGAUCGUCCUGAUGAAGUCGAACAGGGAGGCUGGGAACUGCUGGCAGUCUCUGCUGGAGGGAGAGUACGUGGCCGAUCCGUGGGUUCAGGAUCAGAUGCAGAGGAAGCUGACGCUCGAGAGGUUUCAGAGAGAGAACCCUGGCUUUGACUUCAGCGGAGCAGAGAUCUCUGGGAACUUUCACGGUGGAGGACCAGAUUUCUCCAACUUGCAGAAAUGAGGACUGUUUUCAUCCCUGCACUCGAUGUAGUUUUUUUCCCCCUUGUGAAUAUAUUGUGUGUUCCUUCCUCUGGAGACACACGGGAAGCAUCACACAAAGCCAUAAUAGAUCACAAGCAGCCUUUAAGAUGGUUUUCAUUUUCAACAAAUGCAAAGUUUUCUUUUCUGAAUGUCAAGGAAUCAUGCAACUCCAGAUUAAACACCACAAACAAGC